CUGCCAGCACAACUUUCGUGGAGUCCCUCUCGCCCUCAUCAAAAAAGGUCUAAUGGCUGACAACAAUGACUUCUCCAUUGAGGAGGACGAGGAUGAGAAAAAACUCAACUACCAUCAUCCGGCCCAGAAGUCUCUGACGGAGAUUCUGGAACUGGACAAAGAGGACGAGAGUCUGGUCAGGUACAAGAAGACCCUGCUGGGGAUGGAGCCAGUUACAGCAGACCUCUCUGUGCCGAACGUCCGGGUGACCAGGCUGACCCUGCUCUCUGACGAGGCUCCUGAGCCGAUCACCAUGGACCUGACAAGAGACCUGAAAGCUCUGAAGGAGACGACCCUUGUCUUGAAGGAGGGAGCGUUGUACAGAAUAAAGCUAGACUUCAAGGUGGAGAGAGAAAUCGUCUCUGGCCUGAGGUACAAUCACGUAGUCCGCAGAAAAGGAGUGAACGUCAACGACAAGAUAUCCUACAUGGUGGGAAGCUACGGCCCAAAGGAAGUGGCGCAUGAGUUUCUAAGCCCGGUUAACGAGGCGCCCAAAGGCAUGAUGGCACGCGGCCACUAUGAGAUCCAUUCCCGCUUCAUCGACGACGACAAGACCGUCUACUUGGACUGGGAGUGGAACCUCGAUAUCAACAAGGACUGGAAUUAACAGAGGGAGGGAGAGUGAGAGAGAUGAUGCUACUCCCCCCUUCUUUCACUCCUUCCUGUCCCUCUUUUCUCCCCCCUCUUUCAGCCUCUUCCACUUCGCCCUGUGGGAGCAGCCUCGCAGCGGCCCGACUCAGGAGGCUCUACUCCUCCUCCUCUUCCUUCUUGUUCUCCUCCUCUACUUUUUCUUCCCGGUCUGUUUAAGGCAGGUGUCCUGAAACCCAUGAGCGACAGGGACUUUCAGAGAAGAGAGCCCCCCCGCUCUCUGCCGUCUGUCCCUGCAGUUACGUUCUUUCUCCAGAUUCCUCUAAAUCUAUGUCCACUCUAUCCGAUGUGGUCCACCUGCCUUUCCGUUUACUUUCACCUUCCUCCCUCUCAUCCUUUCAUGAAUCCCCGCCUUCAUAAAGCAUUUACAGGAAGUCAGUUUGAGGUGCAAAGGGAAGUACAAUAUAUACAAUGCAUAAUCACACACAUUCAAUAUCUGUCAAACAGACUGCUCCAAAGAGAAGAGGUGAAGUAUGCAAAUACAGAUUGUAUUUGGAUGCUCAUCAGGAAUUAUAGAUCGUUAAAAGGUUUAGCAGUAACAGAGAGUUGAAAUGGGAGCGCAGAGCAGCGGCAGAGACACUGUGUGAGACGAACGGGACAGGUGAGAGCAAAGGGAAGUUAGUUGUCGUAGUGCGUCCAGCUGGUUUUGCCCCCUCACCAACAGGGUCAACAACACAGCAGAGAAAAUCUGUACUCCUUAUCUUAAUCAUAACUCGGCCAAAUCUGAACGCACAGACAUGAUUCACACAUUUUAAGAUUUAGCGUGACUAAACUUUCUGAGGAUAUCAUAAUCGCCAGCGUACAUCCUGAAUAGACAUCCAUAAAUCCACUUAGAAAUCAUGGGGAAAAGACGCUCCUUAUAACUUCAGAAUUUGACUCAUCACGUUUUUACAGUUUCUUGACCAUCACAAUAAUUCAGUGACAGUUGUCUGAAUAUCCACGGGUACUGCUAACGGCUCGUUCGGGGUGUUUUUAACAAUGCCAAUUUGCCAAAGUGUAACACUUACACGCAAAAAAAGGUUGUUGUGUUGUGGGCUGAAGUUGUAGCCUUGUAGCCCAUCACACAACUCACUGAAACCAUGGCAACAUUAUAAUCCCUGUUUGCAUCGCCCAAAGGGUUAGGGUUCGGGCUAGGGGGAACUGUAGUUCCUGAACUGAGAGCACCAUCAUCCCUCAAAUAAUGAAGAAUACAUAAUAGAUAAUACAAGAAGAAGAAGAAGUUAUUCAUUUUUUCUCUCUGUUACAUCUUUCCUCACAGUUUGAGGGACGUGAACUGUAGCGCACCCAUGGUGUUAGUUACAGCACAUCUUUGCAUCCCACGUCAUAGGGUGCUGAUUGGGAAUUAACUAGUAUGAAAAGAUGAAUCACCUCUUCCCCGUGCACAGGAUCUUUGACUUGUGUUUCUCAAAUUCAAACAUGGUGUAUUUUAACGUUGCAGUUUGCUUUCAAAGCAUCAGUUUUCUCGAGUCUCUGUGGAGCUUUUUGAAAGAGCAGACCCAUUGAAGACUGUAACUGAACUGUGCAUAUUGUAGAAAGAGAUGCAUGCACGUCCUUGGAUUUGAUACUAUUCGCUCAGUAAAAAAGAAUAAAAUUAGCCCUUUGUAAACCUCUCUUGUACACCAAGGACACAAGAUGUGAAUAAAAUCCUGCUUUGAACAUUAACGAAACAUUUUAAGAUGGUAGCUGAAAGAUGGAGUACUGUCUUAGAAGUAUAUAAAGGGAUGAAUUAAUUCUCCUUAAAAAAUAAGAAACAUCAUUAUUGUGUUAAGUCUUUGGAUAUGAUAUUGUCAUUGUUGCUGAACAUAUUGAACAUUGAAAUACCAUUUGAAAUCAUUGUGAUCUAAGACUAACUGUAAAUGUUGGCUUGUUGGGUGUUGCAUGGUUUAGCAAGAUUCUCUCUUCCUUUUUUACGACUUUAUUCUAAAAUUUAAUGUGAUUUAAAAAAAAAAAAAGAUACUGACGCAAUAUCCAGAUGUCAAUGGUUGCCAUAUACUGCAGAUACAGUAUUUACAGGGAUAUUUUUAAAAGGCACAGACAGCUGGAAACAUCUGUCUGUGUCUAACGCUCCAGCCUGUAACGAUCAAGUGCUGCAUCCUCAAAUAUUGG